CAAAAGAGCAGUUGAGAUUGGUCGUAUCGCUGAAGAGGAUUGGGUGCUGUUACUCUGUACACAAGACCGCAGAAGUUAAUUCCAUCAAAAAGUCGAUAAAUUGUAAAGAGACUGCAUAUUACAUCAUACAAGUAUUUAUAAUGAUUAAAAUAACAGAUAGUUCUUCGGACGAAGAUGAUCCGUAUACAAAUUCUGUUGCUCGAUUAAGAGUAUUGAAAAAACAACGCUUUGAGAGAGUGGAACUUUCUCUUAAGGAAAGCAUUGCGCAGAAAACAAACUGUGAAGACAUGAACGGUCAUGGUAAAGAUAUAAAGGAUGAAAUAAAUAAUGAAAUAAAUAAUGAAAAUGUAUAUGAUGAUGAAAUAAAUAACGAUGGAAUACAAACGCGAAGCAGGACGAUAAGAGGUAGAAGGAUUAGAAAAAGUAUUACUAGAGCUGUCGAUAGGCGAACUCGGGGAAGGCGUUUGCCUAUUGAUCUAGAAUACAAUGUGGAAAUCAUAGGGGAAGAAAAGCAGUCCGAAUCUUGCAAUGAUGUAAUUGCACUUUCGGAUGAUGAUGCUUACAUCGAAGAUGACAACUAUGAGAUAAAUAUAAAAGUGUACUGGCGAUCAAACAGAAUUGAUCGUUUAAGUAUGCGUAGACAUGAUAAUUUCAAAGGGAUUUUUGAGCAUUAUGCCAAUUUAGAAGGAGUUUCUGUGAAUGAAGUCUUAAUCAUGAAGAAGGAUAAAAUUGUUCAUCAUACCGAUACUCCUGCAUCGCUCGAAAUUUCCAUUAUAGAUAUACUCGAUGGUGGGAUAGUGAAUCCAGGUAUGAACACACUACCCAAGGAUGAAAGCAAUGAUGAGGACAUAUGUAAUAUUAAAGUACAAACUGCGAACAAAAAACAAUCCUUAAUUAUUCCACUUAAGAAAGAUAAACCAUUCAAGUUGCUAUUCGCUAAUUGCGCCGAGCAACUUGGUGUGAAGGAGAAUAAUUUGAAGCUUUACUUUGAUGGAGAACAGAUUAAUCCAUCAGAUACUCCAGAGUCCUUAGAUCUCGAAGGAGAAGCAUGUAUCGAUCUUCAUAUCUCUGCGUAACGUGUAAUAAAAAGAUAGCUGAAAUUUUUUAUAUAUAUUUACAUAAAUUAU